AUGACUCCUUGCUGCGGCUCCAGAACUCCCGUUCCAUCUCUCCAACUCUUAUUACCGUCCCUCUUCCAGUUGGCGUUCUUCAUGAUUCCCCAAGCAACUCCACUCUCCUUCGAUUACUCUAUCUUCAAUCACGAUACAACGGGAGACCUGAAAAGCUACCAGGACGCCACAUUUGUUAGCAACGCCAUCCAACUCACCAGGAACCAACUCAACACUCAUAUUGAAAACAGCACGGGCAGCGUUGUACAUAAUGAACCAGUGCCUUUAUGGGACAAGGCUUCAGGUAAACUCGCCGACUUCACUUCGAAUUUCUCCUUCACUAUUGAUGGCCUCAACAGGACGAGAAGCGCUGAUGGGAUCGCCUUCUUCCUCUCGUCUUACCCAUACUAUAACGAGACAUUGAAUCAUUCGUGGGGUGGGGCUCUUGGGUUAUUCAACCGCAGUGGUACUAACAUGACGAGAAACAAGAUCGUGGCUGUCGAGUUUGAUAGCUACAUAAACCCUGAGUAUAAUGAUUCCAGUGCCGAUCAUGUGGGAAUCGACAUCCACAGCAUUGUUUCCGUUGCGCAUGUGGACUUGAACGCAAGUAUAAGGCAAAAAAUCAUACUUUUUGCUUCUGUUUGUUACAACGCUAGUACUAGAAAUUUGAGCAUCUUCCUUAGCAAUUACACUGAUCCUAGGAGGAAUUGGAGUCUGUCUUAUGGUGUCGACUUGAGGGAUUACCUGCCAGAAAAGAUUGCCGUUGGCUUCUCAGCCUCCACAGGUGCCCUGGUCGAGGUGCAUACCAUCCACUCCUGGAGUUUCAGUUCCUCUGAUCUUGGACUGAGAUAUAAAAGAUCUAAAGCCCUGGGGUUUGGUAUUGCUGCAGGAGUUUUAGUAAGUUUGUUCUGUGUGGUGUUUUUUAUCAGAAAAUAUAUAUGUAAGAAGGUUAAUAGAAGCACGGCAGAAGAAAAAGACAUGGCUAUAGAUGUUUUAGUCGGCGAUGCAAUUGAGAGUGCCAGUGGACCUAGGAGAUUUCCUUAUGGCGUACUUCUGAGUGCAACACGUAAUUUUGCAAAGGAGAGGAAGCUGGGGAGAGGAGGAUUCGGGGAGGUUUACAUGGGAGUAUUGCAAGAUCCAAAGCGUGAAGUGGCAGUUAAAAGGAUCUCCAGAGAUUCUAAACAAGGUAAGAGGGGGUACAUAUCUGAAAUCACGACCAUCAGCCGGUUAAGGCAUCGCAAUCUUGUGCAGCUUAUUGGCUAUUGUCAUGAAAGAGGUGAUUUGUUGCUUGUCUAUGAGUACAUGUUGAACGGAAGCCUCGAUUAUCAUCUAUACGGCAGAGAUAGAUUUCUUACAUGGCCGGUUAGGUACAAGAUUGCUUUGGGGCUGGCCUUGGCGUUGCUCUACCUUCAUGAAGAGUGGCAGCAAUGCAUCAUCCACCGAGACGUGAAGCCAAGCAACGUGAUGUUAGAUUCUGAGUUCAAUGCUAAGCUUGGUGAUUUUGGAUUGGCAAGGCUCGUGGAUCAUGAUUGCAACCCACUAACAACGGUUUUGAUGGGGACCAGGGGAUAUAUUGCACCAGAAUAUGCUGUUACAGGAAAACCUAGCAAAGAAUCCGAUGUCUAUAGCUUUGGAGUGGUUAUAUUAGAAAUAGCAUGUGGCAGAAAGCCCAUUGAAGAUAAAGAAAAGGAGGGUAAAGUAAAUUUGGUACAAUGGGUUUGGGAGUUUUAUAGGAUGUGUUUGACUGCAGCAGUGGAUGAAAGACUAAAAGAAUUUGAUGAGCAACAAAUGGAGCGCUUGAUGGUUGUUGGGUUAUGGUGUGCCCACCCAGCAUCUAAUCUGAGGCCAUCCAUAAGGCAAGUGAUUAAUGUUCUUAAGUUUGAUUCUCCAGUACCAAAUUUGCCGCAUACAGUUCCUGUUCCAGUAUGUUGGCCUCUAACAGGAGAUUCGUUUAGUGUUGCAUCAACUUCAGCUGAUGCGUACUCUGCUUCGUCAUGGUCAUCAAUAUCUGGUCGGUGA